UGGGUCGCGAAUUUCUCUAACUCUGCAGCCCUCGAAAUUCGAUUCACUUUCUCAGUACCAAAAACAACAAAAAUGUUCCGGAGCGUUCUCGCCGAAGUUAAUUCCCACACGCAGUUCCAGUCGCUGUGCCAGCAGGUGCGCUUUGCGUCCAAGAAGACCGGUGGAUCGUCGCGUAACGGCCGCGACUCGAUCGGCCGGCGGCUGGGCGUAAAGAAGCAGCAGAACGAGUAUGUUAUCCCAGGCAACAUCCUUGUGCGCCAGCGCGGCACCAAGUUCCACCCUGGCGAGAACGUCGGUAUCGGAAAGGACCACACUCUGUUUGCGCUGCAGCCUGGGUAUGUUAAGGUGUACACCGACUCGACGAUCAAGGAGGGGAGGCGGUACAUGGCGGUUGCACUGGACAAGGCUGAUAACGCGUUCCCCCGCAGCCCGUAUGAGAAGCGCGUGAGGGGCUUUUUCCUUGUGGACCGCAACAAGGUGUUCCGGGAGGAGCGCGAGAUGUGGGAGCAGAUGAAGCAGCAGCAAGCGAGCAGCCAGUAGAUGUUUGUUUGAAUGAAUACAAGACUGGUGUUGAAAAUGC